AACGAGCAGCUGGCGACGCGACGCGCAAGAAACCGGCGCGAGACUGCGCCGCCCACCUGCUACAACAGCCCUGCGCGCUCGCGUCUCAAACGCGAGCAAUGCAGCGCAAAUGGCAUCCGGCCGGCCGGCUGGAGGUACUGCCAGCGACGCCACAAGAGCGUUGCCGGGUACUCUCCGAUGGAUGGGGCAAGAGAGGAGAGGAUGCGCGCGGCAGAGCUUGCGCACAUAAGGCAUCCGAGGAUGCGGAGCAGACGUCCGGUCAAGCGAUUGAACUGCUGCACAGGCGACACGCACGGCGAUCGCGAGCGGGCGGGGCAAAUGCCCCGCACGCAACGACGGCUGACGAACAGAUGCCACGCGCGCAAGGUCGAGCGCAAGCGAACGGCGGCAGGUAUGGUUGGGGGCGAGGUCGAGAGAGGGCUGCCGGCGGUGAGCAGAUGCCGCAGGUGAGUAACACUUCCUGCGAUUACACCGUCCUCAUCCUGCGCGUUCGCGUGUAUCCCCGCCCACCUCCGUGUGUCCCAGCUGCUCGCCCAGCCUGCUCACGCCAGCGUACGUACCCAUCCACCCACCACCAUGAUCGCUCGUUGCACGACCAUUCACCUGCCCUCCCGCACGACCAUGAUUGCUCGCCCCACAUGAUCACCCCUUGCCCGCAUGAUCGCCCCUUGCGCGCGUGGUAGCUCGUCGCCCACCUGCAUGCAUGAUCGCAUGCACGCACGAUCGCCCGCCGCACC